AUGCAACUGGAUGACACAAUAGUUAAAACUAUUGAGACAAGUACAAGUCAAGAACUAAAGGAGGCCAGGGAGUUCAUCCUGCGCAUUCGAAGGAGGAAUUUAGCGUACGUGUUCAAAAGGGUAGACAAAGGGGAAGGGUUUCGGUUGGCACGCUGUUUCCUCGGAGUGGGUUUUCCCCUAAAAUGGGUGAGGGAAAGAAGAGUAGGUUCUUCAGCUGGAAUAAGGGUGGUGGCUGUGAAGAAGGCCGGAAUGACUGUUUCGAGCAAUGGUUUGGAACGGUUGUUCGAAGUAGUGGUUCGGAGAGGCGAUUCAAAAUACAGUUUGAUUCGGAUUGUUGGUGAACGUGAAGAGAAAGACAGGACCACCAGUAAAGAUUUUUCUAACUUUCUAUUUGAAACAGGACAAGCAAUGGUUUUGAGAUUACCUGGUGGUUAUCCCUUCCUCUCUAUGCUGUGCUGUUAUACCGAUGCUUUUGUUUACUUUUUGUCGCUAGCUUACGUUUUAUUGAUGAAUGAGUGA